AUGAUGAAAAGCAGAGGGCUCCGGCCCGCCAAUUACGCCAGGAUAGCGCUCCAGACCCCCCUGCGCGCUCCGAGACAGUUCUCUACACAUGCGUCGUUGAAAACUCCCGUGCUUCUACGCGCCCGGAACCCUUCGCUGGGCCUCCGCAGCGCGCUGAAUGCUCCCGCUCUCCGCACGCCCCUUGUUGCGGGCUCCGCCGUGUCUGCAAUCCGCUUCGCCUCGACCUCAGCAACGUCGUCGGUCCUCGAGAACUCCAAAGCAGCAGCCGCCGAUGUAGCCUCCAGCACACCCGUCCAAGCCGCUUCCGAGAGCGUUGAUGGCGUUACGGACGCAUUUCUCGCCAACAUUGCCAACAUGCCCGAGCAGAUCGGCUACCUGAAAGCCAUUGGCCUGGACUAUGGCUGGGGCCCGACUGCAUGCAUCGAAUGGCUGCUCGAACAUGUGCACAUCUGGGGAGACCUCCCAUGGUGGUCGUCUAUCAUCGUGACGGCUGUCGUCGUGCGCACGGCACUGUUUCCGCUGUUCAUGAAGACGUCGGACGUCACGGCGCGCCAGACGGCGCUCAAGGAGAUCACGGACCCACUGAGCGCAAAGAUGAACGCAGCGCGCAUCGCGGGGAAUACGGAUCAGAUGAUGAUGGCGCGCAUGGAGCUCAUGCAGGUUUAUAAACACGCGGGCAUCAAAGUAUGGGAGGCUUUCUAUGCUCCCGCCGCCCAGGCUAUCACCGGUUACUGCACAUGGAAGCUGCUGAGGGCUAUGGCUGCGCUGCCGGUUCCGGGACUCGAGACCGGUGGCCUCCUGUGGUUGAAGGACCUCACAGUGGCGGACCCGUAUUGCAUCUUGCCGGUCGCCUUCGGUGCGCUCAUUCACAUCGUUUCGAGGACAGGUGGUGAAACCGGAGCCAUGAAGCAGUUGACCGGCCUGCAGAGGAAGUUCCUGCUCUACUUCAUGCCCAUACUCGCCGUGAUCUUCACCAUUGCCCAACCGGCUACGGUGCAGCUUUCCUUUUUCGCUGCCUCCACGCUCGGUAUGCUGCAAUCGAGGAUUCUCCGCAACCCAAGUGUCCGCGAUAUGUUUGGCAUCUCCCCGAUUGUCCACACCGCCCGGCCCGGCGUCAUCGACGUGAAGGCUCGCAGCAUUGCGCCCACUCUUGGACAGUUCAAGUGGGAGCCACCCUCUGUGAAGUCUAGCAUCGCUCACGCUGGCCCGAUCAACAAGAAGACUGUGGAACAGAGCCCAUUGGACAGGCUUAAGAGCUCGUACAAGGAGACCAGGAAGGAGCUCAGGGAAUUUAAAGAGGGAGUCUUGAGGAGGGCGGGCAUGGCACAGGAUUCGCGGGCCAAAACCAAGCAGGCCAAAGAGUUCUUGGACCGAGCGGCGGAUUACGAGAAGCGGAGGCAGGCUGAGGAGAAGGCGGACAGGCCGAGAAGACGGAGGUAG